UUUAACAGGCAAAAAAAAGCAGUCUACCUACAAUGAAGUUGCCAGGACCCCACCCACUCCCCUCUGAUCAUGGCAGAUGCGGGAAGUUACCAAGCCGGUUUCGGCCCCAGGAUGUGGCAGCACUGUGCCCUGCUCCUGUCCCUGUCCUUGCUACCAGUGGUAUCUGGAGGAGCUGACUCCAAGGGUGUCACCACCAGUCUCACCACCAAGUGGGCCUCUACCCCUCUGCUGCUGGAGGCCAGUGAGUUCCUUGCAGAAGAGAGUCAGGAGAUGUUCUGGGAUUUCGUUGAAGCAAAUCAGAACAUCAAAGGGGAACAUGAUGAUACAGACCAGGCGUAUUAUGACCUGAUCGUGAAGAGAGCCAGUGCUCUGCUCAGCACAGUCCAACUCAACAUGCUCAAGUUCGCCCUCUCUCUCAGGGCCUACUCCGCUACUGUACACUCCUUCCAACAAACAGCGUCCAACGAGCCCCCUCCAUCCGGCUGCUCAGCCUUCUUCAAUGUCCACGGAGAGAAGUCAUGUGACACGGAGAAACUGACUGCACUGAUGGAGACCGCAGCAGAACGGCCUAAGCCCUACCUAUUCAAAAGCGAUCACAGGUUCCCGGGAUCAAAUCCCGACACUCCGGUUGUUAUCCUGUAUGCCGAGAUUGGAAGUUCGGAAUUCACAAUGUUCCAUCAGCUGAUGCUGUCCAAAGCCAACAAGGGAUUGGCCACCUAUGUGCUUCGUCACUACCUGGCUUCUCCCAGCAGUCGUAGAGUGUAUUUGUCUGGUUAUGGAGUGGAGCUGGCCAUCAAGAACCAGGAAUACAAGGCUAAGGACGAUACACAGGUCCAGGGAGCGGAAGUGAAUGCUACACUGAUGGGGGAGAAUGACCCAGUGGAUGAGGUCCAGGGAUUCCUCUUUGGAAAACUGAAGACUCUGUACCCUGAGUUGAAGGAGCAGCUGAAGGAGCUCAGGAAACACCUGGUGGAGAGCACCAAUGAGAUGGCUCCCCUUAAAGUCUGGCAGAUGCAAGAUCUGAGUUUCCAGACUGCAGCUCGGAUCCUGGCUGCUCCAUCUUCAGAUGCCCUGAACGUCAUGAGAGACCUCAGUCAGAACUUCCCUACCAAGGCUAGGUCCAUCACUAAAACAGUGGUCAGCUCUGAGAUACGUAAAGAGAUGGAAGAGAACCAGAAGUUCUUUAAGGGAACUCUGGGAUUGCAGCCUGGAGACUCUGCUCUCUUCGUCAACGGACUACACAUAGACCUGGACACACAGGACAUCUUCAGUGUGUUUGAGGUUCUCCGGAGUGAGGCCAGGGUGAUGGAAGGUCUGCGUUCUCUCCUUAUCGAGACUCCCUUCAUCCACGACAUCCUCAAACUCAACGUACAGCCUUCUGACUCGGACUACGCUGUGGACAUCCGCAAUCCUGCUGUCAACUGGAUUAAUAACCUGGAGACAGACAGCAGGUACGGCUCAUGGCCCUACAGCGUCCAGGAGCUCCUCAGACCAACCUUCCCCGGAGUCAUACGACAGAUCCGGAAAAACUUUCACAACCUCGUGGUGAUUCUGGACCCGACCCAUGAGAGUUCUGCUGAGCUGUUGAAUGUUGCUGAGAUGUUCUACAGCAAUAACAUCCCACUCAGGUAGGGGGUGUGUGUUUCUGGUGGGUUAAAAAAGUUACAUAUC